GUUUAUUUGUUAUUGUACCAAGCCUGAAUUUGUAGUGGGACAUCAAGUCUGAAACGCGGUUUGCGGUAAGAAAGUGCUGGUUUAUACAUACAAAGCUUGGUGUAACGGCGAAACCUCGAAGCAGCCAAGAACAAUGCCUGAUUAUCUGGGCGAUGACAUGCGUAAAUCCAAGAAAGAUGAAAAGGAGGAAAAAGAGCAAGAAAUAAAAGUUCUUGAUGAAGGGGACAUCGCUUUGCUGAAGUCUUACGGCGCUGGGCAGUACAGCAAGUCGAUCAAGCAGGUCGAAGAAGAUAUUCAGUCGAUCUUGAAGCGCGUGAAUGAACUCACAGGUAUCAAGGAGUCCGACACGGGGUUGGCCCCACCGGCCCUGUGGGAUCUGGCAGCAGACAAGCAGACCCUUCAGAACGAGCAGCCGCUGCAGGUUGCCCGCUGCACCAAGAUCAUAAAUGCCGACAGUGAGGACCCAAAGUACAUAAUCAAUGUCAAGCAAUUUGCAAAGUUUGUUGUUGAUUUGGCUGAUUCUGUGGCACCUACAGACAUUGAGGAAGGAAUGAGAGUUGGUGUGGACCGAAACAAGUACCAGAUUCACAUCCCGCUGCCGCCCAAGAUUGACCCGACAGUUACUAUGAUGCAAGUGGAGGAGAAGCCCGAUGUGACGUACGCAGAUGUUGGUGGCUGCAAAGAGCAGAUUGAGAAGCUGAGAGAGGUUGUUGAGAUGCCUCUGCUGCAUCCGGAGCGUUUUGUAAACCUAGGUAUUGAGCCACCAAAAGGUGUACUGCUGUUUGGACCCCCUGGAACAGGGAAAACCUUGUGUGCCCGGGCUGUUGCCAACAGAACAGAUGCCUGUUUUAUCAGGGUUAUUGGUUCAGAACUUGUGCAGAAGUACGUUGGGGAGGGUGCACGCAUGGUGCGAGAGCUCUUCGAAUUGGCCCGCAGCAAAAAGGCUUGCCUGAUAUUUUUUGAUGAGAUUGAUGCAAUUGGAGGUGCACGAUUUGACGAUGGUGCUGGUGGUGACAAUGAGGUGCAACGAACCAUGCUCGAGCUCAUCAACCAGCUGGAUGGCUUUGACCCCCGAGGCAACAUCAAGGUCCUCAUGGCAACCAACAGGCCAGACAUUCUAGACCCUGCCUUGAUGAGGCCCGGACGGCUUGACCGCAAGGUUGAAUUCGGACUUCCCGACUUGGAGGGAAGGACACACAUCUUCAAGAUCCAUGCUCGCUCCAUGAGUGUUGAGAGAGAUAUUCGCUUUGAGUUGCUAGCUCGUCUCUGUCCCAACAGCACAGGUGCUGAGAUCCGCAGUGUCUGCACCGAGGCAGGUAUGUUCGCUAUCCGAGCAAGAAGGAAGAUUGCCACUGAGAAAGACUUUCUGGAGGCCAUCAACAAAGUGAUCAAGUCAUACGCCAAGUUUAGUGCAACACCUCGCUACAUGACCUACAAUUGAGAAAGUGCUUCCAGUGUG